UGAGGCGGCCGGUUAUCUGUGUGCAGGGUGCGCCCACCAACUUCAUGCCAAGUAAAGUGUUAACCAGUAAAACGCUCUGCUUCCUGAUUCACUUCUGACACGACAUUUUCUUCACAUUUGACUAUCUUGAGUUAAGCUCUCUGGAACAUGAUAGUGCAGAUUUGAACAGCUUUGGGGGGUACAAAUCAGUUUCAGUAGUAACCUUGGCGCUAUAAUUCCGGUGUAAAGCUUUUUCAGACUGUGCUUAAAACGUACAGUAGAGGAGGAAUGCCACAUUUACUAUUGCUCAAUUUCCAGGAUAUUCGCUGAGCUUUCUGCACCUCCAGUUUGGAAAUCCACACUCUUUCAACAAUGGCAGCGAUCGGAAACCGUGGAACAGUGACUGAGGCGGCUGGUUUUGACCCAGACGCAGAUGCCCAGAGGCUUAGAGGAGCCAUGAAGGGAGCUGGCACUGAUGAGGCAGCAAUCAUUGAAGUCCUACCACAUCGUACUAUUGCCCAGAGACAGCGCAUCAAAGAGGCCUACAAACAAACAAUUGGGAAGGAACUGGCCGAUGAUUUGUCCUCAGAGCUGAGUGGGAACUUCAGGACUGUCGUUCUAGGUCUGCUGAUGCCGGCACCUGUGUAUGAUGCCUACGAGCUGAGAAGUGCAAUGAAGGGGGCUGGAACAGAAGAGGCUUGUCUCGUCGAUAUUCUCGCUUCGAGGUCAAACGCUGAAAUAAAAACCAUCACCGCCUUCUACAAGAAAGAAUUUGGAGAAGACCUGGAAGACACUGUGUGUGGAGACACAUCAGGAAUGUUUCAGAGAGUUUUGGUCUCUUUACUCACAGCUGGACGGGAUGAAAACGAUAAAGUGGACGAGGCCCAGGCUGUUCUAGAUGCUAAGGAAAUCUAUGAGGCUGGUGAGGCUCGAUGGGGCACAGACGAGGUUAAAUUCCUCACGGUGCUUUGUGUGAGGAACCGAAACCAUCUGAUGCGAGUGUUCGAGGAGUAUCAGAAGAUCUCUGGAAGAGAUAUUGAGGACAGCAUUAAGAGGGAGAUGUCUGGCUGUCUGGAGGAUGUCUUCUUGGCCAUAGUGAAAUGCAUGAGGAACAAGCCAGCAUUCUUUGCAGAGCGAUUAUACAAAUCAAUGAAGGGGCUGGGCACCACAGAUACUGUCCUCAUCAGAUUAAUGAUUUCCAGGGCUGAGAUUGACAUGUUGGACAUUAAGGCACAGUUCCUGAAGAUGUAUGGCAAGACUCUCUACUCCUUCAUCAAGGGAGAUACAUCUGGUGACUACCGCAAAAUCCUGCUGGAGCUGUGUGGAGGCGAGUAAAAGAAAUAACACAGCAACAUCCAGCUAUGUCUUUAUUCUGCAGACGAUCAGCUUUUUUUGUUGAUGGCUUCUCUGUAUCUUAUCUUUUCUUCUUCUAUGGCCUUCACAUUUCACUGAUUGACCACAGUGCCGUGUUUUACUGUUUGUAAUACCAAUUAAACCAAAGACCAGUGACCUCUUA